AUGUUGAUCAGCGAAGGCUUCCAACAAACGCCCUACACGCUUCCCCCAGCAUGGGACUCGGCGACCUCGUUGAAAGCGGUCAUUCGACGCCUCGUUCCCAAACAAGUCUACACCAAGAUCGAUGGGGAUUGCAAGGUCUUCCAGGAGAGGAUCGCGGGGGAGAUGACGGAUUUGCAUGGCAAGUUGGGGGAGGCCAAGUUGACGCAGUAUGACCAGGUAAGUUGCUGGCGCACUACAGACUGUCGUCGAUCACAUGCGCUUGAGGGGGGUGGGGCAGAAUUUGGCUCGGGCUUCGGCCAGGACGAAUUCAAGCGAUGCACCGCGUGCAUAGCCCGUUGGAUUCGCUCCAGGAUCUUAGCAAAGACUUUCAGACCUUUUACUGACGAUGAUCGUUUCAUCUUUACCCAGUGGGGUCGUCGAGUCGACCGUCUCGAAACCUCGGAAGGCUGGCGAGGAUUGAAGCGCGUCGCCGCUGAGGAAGGACUGGUCGAAAUCCCGAUGAAACGGGAGGAUGGACCAUAUUCGAGGGUUCACAUGUUCGCAAAGACCUAUUUGUUCACGCCUAGAGGAGGAGGUACGUUUAAAGUUCCUCAUCAGUCCCGGCCGGAACCUUCGGGGCGGCUCGGCAACCACAUGCUAUGGGGGAGAAUUCUGACCGGUUCCGAGGAGGAGCCGGCGAGACCUAGUCGGCCUUCCCGCGGAGCUGUCAAAGUAUGGACGCAGGGGGUUUGUGUUUACUCAUCUCCGAUACCUCUUCUCUCAGUUGUGGGCUGCCCCAUGGCCAUGACCGACGGAGCUCAACGCGUCUUCACGCUCCUCGGUACCGACCAGAUGAAGCGAGACUAUCUCCCCUUGUUGGCUAGUCGGAAUCCGGACACGGCCAUCACCGCUGCUCAAUGGAUGACUGAGAGGCCGUGAGUUGCUGUUUUGAUCUGUUCACAUAUUAGCGCGUGGUGAAAGCUGACCUCCAGCAUGCUAUGUAUCAAAGUGGGGGUUCGGAUAUGUCCUUGACCGAAACGGUAGCGAAACCCGUGUCGAGCAGCAAUGCUACGACGAAGUAAGUACUCUCGGUCGGGUUCGCAGGAGUACUCGCUCGGUUCUGACACCGGAAAUUGGUUUCACAGUGGAGCGGAGUACAUCAUUGAUGGGUUCAAAUGGUUCUCUUCGGCUACCGACGGGGACAUGUCACUUGCCCUCGCUCGAACCAGCGGCGAAGGGUCUCGCGGCCUGUCCAUGUUCGUCAUCCCGAUGCGAAACCCAGAUGGAACAACAAACGGGAUCUAUAUCCAUCGACUCAAGAACAAGUUCGGUACAAAAUACCUGCCCACGGCCGAGUUGUCGAUCAAUGGAGCCAAGGCGCAACUUGUCGGUGAAUUGGGUCGAGGCGUACCCGCGAUCGCUUCCAUGCUCAACAUCACGAGGAUGCAUUCCGCCAUCUCUUGUACGACAGGCCUGGGGCACUGUUUGGCCAUUGCGAGAGCUUUUGCUCAAGUGCGACAUGUUGGCGGCAAGAAUGGUGGUCUGCUGAUUCACAACGAGAUGCACACGGCGGCUUUGGCGCAGUCCGAGCUGGUACAUCGAGCAUUGCUUCAUUUCUGCUUCAAUACCGCAUUAUUGCUCGGCAAAUCAGAAGCCGGAAUAGAUGAGAAGGGACCUACUCACUCCGAAUCGAUGAGGUUGCGCUUAUUGACGCCCGUCAUCAAAACCUUCGCAGCGGAUCUCGCGACCACCGAGCUGACGAAAUGUAUGGAGGCGCUCGGUGGUCAGGGGUACAUGGUCGAGAAUGAGAUUGGGACGUUCAUUGCAGAUUGUAACGUGGAGCGCAUUUGGGAAGGAACGACAAACACGCUGGCUUUGGAUGUCGUUCGGGUCAUUCAUGGCACAAAGGGCAAAGCUCUCGCUGCUUUCGCCGAGGCGAGUCCUCGAAGUCGGCCCGCAACUUUCCCCUAACCUUCUCUCGAACUGACCUUCGGCUCCCUUUCCGUGAUGCAGUGGGCCCAAUCCAUUUUUUCCCAAGCUCCGAAGAAGCACGCCUCGAGCAUCGCCGAAUUGAUUUCGGAUCUCAAGCUGCUCGGCCAAGCCGUCGCGCUUUACCAGUCCGCCGAGACCUCGAGCGCCGUCGUGGACCCACGAAUCCCUCGCCUCAUCCUCUACCUAAUUGGAUACAUCGCUUCCUCCGCACACCUUCUCGAACAAGCCCUGUGGUCCGCCUCCACCCGGGAAGAACAAGGCAACGCCGAGCUCGACGCUUUCGCCUUCGACAUGUGGGUUCAUUCAGGCGCGGCGCGAGCGACCAGUCUUUCGCUGCGCGACAUGCUCGGGAAGACCGACGAGGUGCGAAGCGGUGAGCGCAAGUUGGAGGAAUUAUUGGUGUAUGGACAUGGUGGGGAACGAGUGGCCAAGCUCCAGGCCAAGUUAUGA